UAGUGUGUUCUCCAUAUACGAUAGCAUUGUGCACAUUCAUAAGUGCUUCAAUGGUACCCUUUCAGACAGUAACUCUUUCUGAAAGCCAUGAAACUUCUGCUCGCAUUAUUGGCAGUAAUCGUACUGGCAGAAGGGUGGGAUCUACCCACAUGCGACACCUGCAAAAAGUGGAUCGACUACAUGAGAGAACACGUCAUAACAGCUGAGACUGAUCUUGAUGAGAAGGUGGACGAAUUCUGCACGACAUACACUCUGCCCUUCCUCACAAGUGCAUGCAAAGUCCUAUUGAAGGAAAAUAUGCCGUUCAUACUUGAGAAGAUGAAGGAACAUCUUGAAUCGCAGGAAGUAUGCGCUGCCAUCAAAUUGUGCUGAAGAAGAAAGUUUACUCAAAACUUACAAUAAACUUCUAAACUCUUCUCCACCGAAGAGUCCUUACCAUCAGAAUUGAGCAAUAAACCAUCUCAAACACAUGGCUUGAAAAUAAUUACACUGUUUG